AGAUAUUGUCAAUUAAAAUGUCUCCGUAAACAUAAUUUAGUUGAUGAAAAAAAAUCAGCAUAACCAAACUGGUCUUGACUAGUACACCUUCUGGUCUUCACCAGCACACCUUCUGUCAUGACCCUUUGGCCUUCACUACUUUCCAAUUCACAAAUUCGGUCGCGCAUGCUUUAGACGAUACGCGCCCUCUCUUUUACAUUAACCGACAAAAUCCCCCCUCCCAAAUUCACUCACUCACUCACCAUUUUCCAUUUUCUUCAAACUUACAACCAAAAAUCUCAGUCAUUACAACCUCUGCAAUUUUAAAUCUACCAAGUUUAAACAAACUUCUUCAUACUUAUCACUCACACCACUCAAUCCAUACGUCACAAACCACCGCUUACACGAAAAUCUUCUAAAUAUGGUUACAAAAACAGAACAACAACUCUCUCAUCCUCAUUUUCACAAUAUGGCUAAACCCACUUUCAGAAACAACAACAAAUCUUUUUCUUCCUCUAUAUGGCUCUCCGAUGGUUUCCUCUUCCUUGGUGGAGCAUUCUCAGCUCUUUUACUCGUUUGGGGUUUCACUUCCUUCACUAACCAAAUCCCAAACGAAAACAACCUCUCACUCAAACAAAACGACGCCGUUUCAUAUUCCACUCCUGAUUUACUCUUCGACCCACCAGACAAAACAUUCUACGACGAUCCCGAAAUGGGUUACACCAUGUCCGAUAAAAUAGAAAACUGGGAUGAGAAACGUCAAGAAUGGCUAAAACUUCAUCCUUCUUUCUCCGCCGGAGCAAAAGAAAGAAUUUUUAUGAUCACCGGAUCACAACCGGCGCCGUGCAAGAAUCCUAUCGGAGACCAUCUUUUAUUAAGAUUCUUCAAAAACAAAGUGGAUUAUUGUCGUAUACAUGGUUAUGAUAUUUUCUACAACAACGCUCUUCUUCAUCCUCAAAUGUUUGCUUAUUGGGCUAAGUAUCCGGUUGUUAAAGCCGCCAUGAUGGCUCACCCGGAAGCUGAAUGGAUCUGGUGGGUUGAUUCAGAUGCAUUAUUCACCGACAUGGAGUUCAAGCUUCCAUUAGAACGUUACAAAGAUCACAACCUUGUUGUUCAUGGAUGGGAGCAUUUGAUCCAUGAGAAAAGAAGCUGGACCGGCUUAAACGCCGGCGUGUUUCUGAUAAGAAACUGUCAAUGGUCAUUAGAUUUCAUGGAAGCAUGGGCUGGAAUGGGUCCACAAAGUCCAGAUUAUGAACAAUGGGGGAAAAUAUUAAGGUCUACAUUUAAAGAUAAAUUCUUUCCCGAGUCAGACGAUCAGACAGGUCUGGCGUAUCUGAUCGCGAUCGAGAAAGAAAAAUGGGCUAACAAAAUUUAUCUAGAAGGUGAAUAUUAUUUUGAAGGCUAUUGGGAAGAGAUAAGAGAAACAUUUUAUAAUAUAAGUAAGAAAUAUGAUGAGAUUGAGAAAAGUGUGAGUAAGUUAAGAAGAAGACAUGGUGAAAAAGUGAGUGAAAGUUAUGGUGUUGUUAGAGAAGAGUAUUUGAAAGAUGCUGGUUAUGGUAAAGGUAGUUGGAGAAGACCAUUUGUUACACAUUUUACAGGUUGUCAACCUUGUAGUGGAAAGUAUAAUGAAAUGUAUACUGCUGAUGCUUGUUGGAAUGGAAUGAGAAGUGCUCUUAAUUUUGCUGAUAAUCAAGUUAUGAGAAAAUUUGGAUUUGUUCAUCCAGAUCUUGAUGAUGAUAAACGUAUUUCUCCUUUACCUUUUGAUUAUCCUCAACCAUGGCCAUGAUUAUGGUUAUGAUGAUUAUGACUCUUCAGGUAAUAUAAUAUGUUUAAUAUUAGAAUCCAAUUAUUGGUGACCAAUGUGUACUAAGAUAUUGUGAAAUUGAAAUGUGAACUGUGGUGAUA